GUAUAUAUGCAGCAGCAAAUGAUCUUAAGGUGGAAUGGGCUGUUGUAAAAGGAGUAUCGAGUUUUGCAGGAAGUGAAGACAUGACAGAACCUUGGCAGUCAUUUGCUACCGCAAUGGCGGUAUCUGUCAUAUACAAUAUGUUCAAAUACUCUAUUGUGCUACGAUAUUGGCCUCGCAACAAAGAAACGCAAGACGCAAAAGGUAAUUAUUCUUUUUGAUUGGAAUGAAAUUGCCAAUUGCCAUAAAGAUCGAGGCCGAGUUAAUUAUCUAAUUGUUUUAGUAUUGACUCCUAACUCUUAAAGCACCAAACAAGAUUCGACAACGCAGCGCAUUUUAGUUCCGAUUUUUACUGACAGAUAACUUUGAUACUACCUUACAUAUAAAUCAAAUAACUUUGAUCUGCUUUACAUAUAAGUCACACUAAAUGUGUGAAUUCGCCUAAUCUACUUUCAAAUUCAUCGAAUGUUUGAAAACGCAUGUGUGUAAAUUUGCCAAUCGGCUGUUUCGAAAUUCACCAAAAACAUAAAUUUGUCAAAUUAAUAAAUUUGUCAAACUAUUUGUUCACUAAAUGUGUAAAUUUGCUUAAUGUACUUUCUAAUUAACCGAAUGUUUCAAUUCGCCGAUAAUGCAUUGCGAACUUUUUUUCACCCAGAGCUACGCUGUCUGUAUUUAAGAGUGAGGAGUCUGGGACGAGAGAAAAAAAUUAAAGGAAGUGGUUAUAGGUCCGACAUUUCCAUAAUCAUUAAUUAAACUCGUUAAAAAUAAAAGCGCGUAAAUUUAAUUGAAUUUCAAGCAAAUUCUCUGAAGUGUUGUGGUUUAGGCACCCGCGUUGUAUGCGCCAGCUCGCGGAUCGAAUCCUGCUCGCUCCUCUAUUUUAUUAAUUUUUUUAUUCUUUUUUCUUCGUGGUCGAAGGGCGGAGUGUGUUCACACAAUUUCGAGUUUUCCCAAUUUCCACGAGUGUUGAUAUAACUGUAUAUCAAUACGGAAAAAAUGUUUUAUAUUUGUUUUAUAAUAUAGCACAAAGAAACAUAAAGAAAGAAAUUUUCCGACGUUUCCGUGUUGACAUUGAGUUAUAUCAACACAGUUCUCAGCCAAUCAGCGUUCAGAAUUUACAAAUGCUAUAUUAUAAAAACAUUUAUUACUUUAUAUGACGUAUGUGAAUACAGUUAGCAAGGUUUUAGACUGUACUAUAGUCUAUAUAGCAAAAUUUCUGACUUAGAAUUGCGCACAAUCGUUGGUAUUAAGCAAAUGAAAAUCACUGUCUCUGUAAAAAUCUGUUUGGUUAGCAAAAACAAGCACCACACAUUAAGGGACUGAUUUAAUAAAUAUGUUCUUUAUAUUGUAAUAUCUGGAUACUGAUAUCGUUGUCGAAACUGUAGUUUUGAAAGAUACAAGGUAUAACUGUAGGUACAAAUGUCCACUAUACCGUACUGUAACUGCAUAAAUUCAACUUUAUAGUACAUUAAUGGUGUCUCUGGCACACAUGAUAUUCUUAUAUUUACUACUCGAAAUAGAAUGCAUAUAUUAAUUCGCGCUGCCUUAUAUCCCCUAUGUUUAAUUGUUUCAUCCGUUUUUUCAAGUGCCUGAUGCAGCUAUGGCAGUAGACAGCUCGACGUUUGUAUCGCCAAAUGAAACCUCAGGUGAAGCUUCAAGCUCAGGUAAUUGUUUGGUUACGCUUAGACUUUGA